AAAGUGGGCAUAAAGGUUGGAAGUGUAAUUAUUGUCACGAAGAAAACUUACGUGCAUCCGAUAUAAAUAUGCAUGCACAUUUGGGGCUUAUUUGUCAAAGUGCACCACUUAAUAUUAAACAAGAUUGCUUACGCAAUUUUCCUGCACCAAAAAAAAAAAAAAUUAUACACGAAAUUGCUAGUGGUGUACAACCACGAAUUGAUAGCAAAUUUCAAAAUAUCAGUAUAAUGGACCCUGGACAAGAACAAUUAUGUAAUAAAGCCUUAAUCCGAUUCUUAGUGUGCUGUGGAAUUCCUUUUUGGAUUGUUGAAAGUCCAUUUUUUUUGGAUUUUUGUCAAAAUUUAUGCGUCCCAUAUAAACCACCUGAUCGAAAAACUUUAAGUAAUGAUUGGCUUAAUUAUGAAACAGCACGUAUAACAAUUGCAAUUGAGAAAGAACUUGAAAAUGAAAAUAACCUCACAUUAGAUUAUUCUAUCAAUUCUCAUACAGCAAUUUUUACAGCUGAUGAAAUAGAAAAGGUUUUAAUUGAUAUUGGUAUUGAUAAAUUUGGUGCUGUU